UUGGUGGCUGACUAAAUACUUUUUUGCCCCACUGUAUCUUAGUAUUAAAAGAACAGGAGAAAAAUUAUAUUAAGUUAUUACUAUUAAACAGAUGUUUCAGCAGUCAUCUGUUGCUGUGAUAGUAACUAAAUAUUUUGUUUGGCAUUUCAGACUGGCUUUUUAGGUGUAAAGUUUUGAUCAAAAUAUGUACUUCUAAAUCCCAUGCCAAUAUUAAGUAAGAAUAUUUAAUUCAUGAAAUUAAUGAAAGCAGGAAUUAGAACUUUGACAUAUUUUUAUGGGAUGCCUGGUUCAGUUAAUGGAUUCUUUUAGUGGGUUCUUUAAUCUAUUUUCAGAUAUUGUUCCAUAAUCAUUGCAUGCCACAAAUAUAAUAUGUUAGCUAUCAUUUUUGUUGCAGUUGGUAUGCUGGUAGUCUUUCGAGGGCCCAGGCAGAACAACUGUUGCAACAGAAGGAGAAAGAAGGUGCUUUUAUGGUUCGUAAUUCCAGUCACAUGGGGAAGUACACAGUAUCAGUACUUAGCAUGAUUGGUAGAGAUAAAAACGGAAUAGUUAAACAUUAUCAUGUUCAUGUAAACAGUGCAAACCAAUUUUACCUGGCUGAGAAUUACUGUUUCAGUUCACUUCCCAAGCUCAUUCAUUAUCACCAACAUAAUUCAGCAGGUAUGGUUACAAGACUUCGACAUGCAGUGUCUACAAAGACAAAUAAAGUUCCAUCUACAUCACCUUUGGGAAAUGGACCCUGGGAACUCAGGCGUGAAGAUAUCAUGUUGCAGAGAGAAAUAGGAAGUGGUCAAUUUGGAGUGGUGCAGGUGGGGAAAUGGAAGGGGAAAUAUGAUGUUGCUGUUAAAAUGAUCAAGGAAGGAUCAAUGUCUGAAGAUGAAUUCAUAGAAGAAGCUGAAACCAUGAUGAAGCUGAAUCACCCCAAACUUGUUAAGUUAUAUGGCGUUUGCACCAAGACCUACCCCAUCUAUAUUGUGGCUGAAUAUAUGGCUAACGGUUGCUUGCUUAGUUAUUUGAAAAACCAUAGGAAGGAACUUCAUCCCUUUCAGCUUGUGGAGAUGUGUUACCAUGUUUGUGAAGCAAUGGCAUUCCUUGAGAGUCAUCAGUUUAUACACCGUGAUUUGGCUGCUAGGAAUUGCUUGGUUGAUUCUGACCUAACAGUGAAAGUGUCUGACUUUGGAAUGACAAGAUAUGUCCUGGAUGACCAGUAUGUCAGCUCUUUAGGAACUAAAUUUCCAGUCAAGUGGUCAGCACCAGAGGUUUUUCAUUACACGAAGUUCAGCAGCAAGUCUGAUGUAUGGGCUUUUGUCCUUGUGUGGAAUGGGAGAGGAAAAUAUUUGGGGGAAGGACGAAAUUUCACCCACUCACUGAUGUUAUUGGAUGUUCCAGAAGUCCCAGCCAUCACAGCCAGUGAGCUGAAAACUCUUUGCCUGAAAAACGUCCCACCUUUCGCCACCUGCUGUCGCUUAUGGAGCCACAAAGAGACCAUGACAAGCCCUGAAGAAUUCAUCAUCCCAAAUGCAUGGAUAUUGGUACCUAAGAAUGCAGAGGACCCAUAUGAAGAACCGAAAUCUAGAAGGUGGCAUGCAUUUAGCAACAAACAGCUAACAACUCCUUCUUGAUCAUGGCUGUUGAUGAACUAUUGUUGAUAAUUUGAUUGUUCCCACACUGCACACCUUUGCAGUGCUUCCUUCAGAAUUCUUGAAAUGUGUCCUUUUAUUUAAAAAAAAAAUCAGGGGAGCCCACAUCCUUUAUAAAAUAUUCUGCUAUUAUUCUUUCUUUCAGUUCUAUGGGUUAAAUCAAAUUUUAGUUCCAAUGAGAGCUAGACCUAGUGAAAAGAAAGGAACUUACUAAUGAAUACAAAGAACAAAGGUAAUGUGGCAACUCCCAAGCUUGGUCUGCAUUUGCCAAAAUACUCCAAUCUGCCCCCUGAGUAUUCUGGCCCCAUAUUAUCCACCCACCCCCCAGAAUCCCACCCUUACCUGUUUUUGUAGGUUUGGGAUGAAUGAUGGGCAGCUCUGAGACGAUGCCACCACUGCCACAAGUCUGAGUCAUUCUAAGGUCAGAAUGAGGUGCCCAGGGUUUAUAAAUAAUGUAGACAAGCCCCUAGUAUUUUUACCGUUGAUUAUGCUGGCUAAGGCUUCUGGGAAUUGCCAUCUAACACAUCUGAAGAGCUAUGUUAUUUUCAUCUGGUCAAUACUAAUGUAAGUCUCAUGGAUUUUAGUGGACCUACUCUAAUUGGGACUAAAACUGAAUUUCGCUCUAUCUUUGGAGUAAAGAAGGUUGAAACAAAAGAAGAAACAGUUUCAGUUCAGGGAUUUGAAAAGAGCCAUAACAAGUGCUCCAAGUUCCAUACAUGGUCCCUUUAGUAUUUUUAAGAACAGCGGCAUUUCAAGUUUACUAACAAGUUGAGUCUCUUAUAUAAAAUUAUCAUAUACAAAAAGGAGAAAAGAAAAUGUGUGUUGUUUUUUUUCUUUUACAUGUCAGCUUUUUAUGUGGAUAACAUUCAGUGAAGACUCUUCAAAUAAGAACUGAUAAUAAGCAAGUAAAAUAAAUGUUCCAGAACAAAUGGUUGGUUGUUGGAGAUAUGUCAAUAAAUUUCCCACUAACUGCAUUUUUAUGAGUGGCACACAUGCAUUUUUCCUCAUGAGCAAACGAUACAGGGAUGGAGACAUUAGCAUCAUCAGAGAAAAGGCUUAAGUGGAAGAAUUUGCCCUGUGCCACAAUUCUGAUCCAUUUUGGGGGGUGGGACAAAAAUUAGUGACUUACCACCUCAUCAGUGACCUCUGUUAUUGCAGCUAGUUUGACCCUAAAACUAUACAGACUCCUAUGUGUGCAUGCUGGGCCAGGAAUGCUGCAUGCAUAGUUGCAAAGGCCACCUUACUACAUUUAGCAUCCUAGGCAAUAGGUGGCUCUUGAUGUUGGACCAGGAGAUACAUCAGCAUUGCUGAAUAUAUGAUGGCUACUAUGGUUUCAUUGUAUUUAUGAACUUUUCAGAGAGGACUCAAUCCAGCACCCACUGGAUAUAGGAUACUAUGGCUCUUUGGUUCAGGCCUACUUCUCUCAAAACAGAUGAUUGGCAUUAUCAAACAUUAGUGGUAGGCAUAGAGGUACAUGAAUACAGCAGUGAUCUGGCAGUCCAUUUAAUGUUUAACAUAACCUGCAUUCCAUGAACACUUCCUAUUCAUAUUGUUGGCACUGAUACAUAGUCAUUGGCUGUGUGCCGUAAUAAAUGAUGAUGUUCUGAUACAUAGUCAUUAAUAAAAGGCAUGAACUGGCUGCUCUU